AUGGAAGCGCUCAACGCCACGUUUGCCGACCUCUCGGCGCAGACCGGGUUCCCGGCUGAUCAGCUCAAGUACCUAGCGUGCUUGCUGGCCGCCAUCCCUCUGUCCUACAUCUUUCGCCUUCUCGGCCCGGGACGCGAGAAUGCGAAGCAUGUCCUCUCCAUUGUGAUUAGCAUUUUCUUCUGCCAUUUCUCGCUCGGCGAGUACUCAUGGAUCCAUUCCCUCGUCACGGCCAUGAUCUCCUACACUCUCUUGUCUAUCCUGCCCCAUGGCAUUGCCCACAAGGCCGUCUUUGUGUUCGCGAUGGGCUACCUGUCUGUUGGACACAUCUACCGUAUGUACACCGACUGGAGCGGCUGGACCCUCGACUUCAGCGGUCCUCAGAUGAUCCUCACUAUCAAGCUGACCACCAUCGCCAUGGACUACUACGAUGGCAACAGGAGCAAGGCCGAAAAGGAGGUAAUGAGCCCCUUCCAGAAGGAGCACCGCAUCGAGAGGUUGCCCAGCAUGCUGGAGUUCUUUGGCUACGUGUAUUUCUUCCCCGGCUUCCUCGCCGGUCCGGCCAUCCUCUUUGCUGAUUACCGAGCGUUCAUCACCGGAGCCAUGUUCAAGGUGGGCGCACGCAUCCGCAUGGGCGGGGUGGAGUUCCCUGGUAGAGUGUCUCCGAACCCCGUGGUCCCGUCGAUCAUCGCGCUGGGCAAGGCCAUCUGCGUGUUCCCUCUGCUCGUGCUCGCCGGCCACUUCCGCCCCAUCGACCUCGCUCUGCCCUCCUUCAUCGAGGCCCCCGUCUGGGAACAGAUUGGGCGCUUCUAUCUCCACGUCUCGUUGAUGCGCACCAAGUACUACUUCGGUUGGUUCCUGGCCGAGUCCUCCUGCAUCGCCUCUGGCUUCGGCUACAGCGGCAAGGACAAGAGGGGCAACAUCAAGUGGGACCGUGCGGCCAACGCGUUCCCUCUGGCUGUCGAGUUCGCGCCCAACAUUCGCGGCAUCACCGACAACUGGAAUCUGGGCACUGCCACAUGGCUCAAGCACUACAUCUACCUCCGCUUCAGCGAUCAGCGCAGCAUGCUGCCGACCAUCGCCACCUACGCCUGCAGCGCCUUCUGGCAUGGGUUCUAUCCCGGCUACUACCUCUUCUUCAUCGCCUCGGCUUUCCUGACGGAGGCCUCGAAGGAGGUGAGGAGGAAGAUCCGUCCGCUCGUCAUGAAGGACGAGGUCACCCCGCUGUACCCGCAGAAGUACGUCUACGACGUCUUGGGCAUGGUCGCCACUUCGCUCACCAUGAACUACAUCGGUCUGUCGUUCGUCAUUCUGGAGUGGCCGCCGGUCUACCACGUCUGGAAGUCGACCUACUUCAUCGGACACGUCCUGCUGUUCGCCACCUGGUUCGUCGUCACCUACGUCAUCCCCGCCAGACCCCGGUCCGCGGCGCCCAAGAAGGUCGCGUGA